GACCGGGCCAGAGCGGGCCCAUCCGGCAGUGGGACCGGUUGCCAAGCCGGCACACCCCACUUCAGUCAACUUUCCUUCUUCUACCAAGAUCCAUUGCCUCGUAAUGACGGAUCAUGAUGUACCUACUGUACAUUCGAUAAAACACAGCACCAUUCCCAUCUGAAGCAUACCUGCAAAAACAAAAAUAAAAAAUAGAAAUAAAACAAAAUAAAAAAUAAAGAAAAAAAACAAAGACAUAACAUUUAAAACCAUGCCGCCAACACGCAUCCCCACCAAGGAGGACUUUGCCUCCAUCCUCCCGUCGCACCCCACCUACCAAGGUCGACGACAACAACAACAGCAACAGCAGCAACAGCAACAACAACAAGGAAAAGGAGGAGGCCAACCAGACGACGACCCCAUCUCGCUGGUCUACCCCAACCCGCCCGAGUCCACCACCUCGAUCCUGCUCCUCUUCCACGGCCUGGGCGACACCGAGGCCGCCUUUGCCGCCUUCGCCCGCAACCUGGCCCUCCCGGGGGUGCUGGCCAUCGCCGUCCGCGGCACCGCCCCGCUCCCGCCCGCCCUCCUCCCCGCGGACGACGACGACGACCCGGACCCGGACGGCGGCCGCGCGCGGGCGCGGGCGCGGGCGCGGGCGGGGUACCACUGGGGCGACGACCUCGUCUUCUCCCGGGACGGCGACGGCGUCGACCCGGACCCGGGCUUCGACCGCGCCCGCGCCUGGGUCGUCGACCGGCUGAUCGGGGAGGUGCUGGUGCGCAGGUGCGGGUGGGCGGCCGGGGACCUGAUGCUGUUCGGGUUCGGCCAGGGCGCCUCGUUCGCCCUGGGGCUGGCCAGCGCCCUCCGCGCCGGGGACCGCGUCGUGGAGGUCGUCGCCACCACGACGGGUGCCGCGGCCGCCGCCGGGCAGGGCAACGGAUACGGAAAUGGAAUGGCGUUCAAGGGGGUCGUCGCCAUCGGCGGGGCGCUGCCCGUGUCCAUGGUGCCGACCGUCGGCGGGCUGGGCAAGUCCAAGACUCCCGUGCUGGUCUGCUGCGGCCGCGAGAGCGAGGCGGUCGACGAGGACGCCGUGGAGCUGCUCGAGAGGGAGUUUGAGGACGUCAAGGUCGUCCGGUGGAAGAGGACCGACGACGGGAUGCCGCGCAACCGCGACGAGGCCCUGCCCAUGAUGCGCUUCUUUGCCGAGAGGUUGAGGAACGUGUGGCAGCGUUAGCUCGCUCUCGGGUCAGAGACGUUGGGUUCUUCUUAAUG